AUGAAGUUGCCUGUGUUGUAGGCUAAUACUGCAUUUAAGCUGCUCUUUCACCUGGAUUGGAAAAUGCAGUGAUAACCACUCCCAUUUCUCAAACACACAUUCUGACAGCUUAUUUCCUGGUGCUUCGCCUCAGAUGCCAAAGUCACUGUGAAGGUGAAGAACCGACAAGUCCACUUUCUGCACUUCUGUGAGUAAAAAAGUUAAACUAAGUUUGGCUUAUUGUUUGUCAUAUAUAUAUUGCUGAGAAGGACAGAAGGGAACUACUGAAGAGUUGAGAGGUGAAAUGGCACAACGAGGAAAUCAGAUAGAACCAGAUAAAUACUCUUGUUCGAUCUGUUUGGAUCUUCUGAAGGAUCCGGUGACUAUUCCCUGUGGACACAGCUACUGUAAUGUGGCCUGUGAUUCCUGCACUGGAAGAAAACUGAAAGCCAUCAAGUCCUGUUUAGUCUGUCUGGCCUCCUACUGUGAGAAACACCUUCAGCCUCAUUAUGAAGUGGCUCCUUUAAAGAAACACAAGCUGGUGGAGCCGUCCAAGAACCUGCAGGAGAACAUCUGCUCUAAGCAUGAUGAGGUGAUGAAGAUGUUCUGCCGCACUGAUCAGAAGUGUAUCUGUUAUCUCUGCACUAUGGAUGAACAUAAAGAACAUGAAACAGUGUCAGCUGCAGCAGAAAGGACUGAGAGGCAGAGAGAGCUGGAGGAGAGACGAGGAAACAUCCAGCAGAGAAUCCAGGACCAGGAGAAAGAUGUGAAGCUGCUUCAGCAGGAGGUGGAGGCCAUCAAUCGCUCUGCUGAUAAAACAGUGGAGGACAGUGAGAAGAUCUUCACUGAGCUGAUCCGUCUCCUCCAGGAAAGAAGCUCUGAUGUGAAGCAGCAGAUCAGAUCCCAGCAGGAAACUAAGGUGAGUCGAGUCAAAGAUGUUCAGGAGAAGCUGGAGCAGGAGAUCACUGAGCUGAAGAGGAAAGACGCUGAGCUGGAGCAGCUCUCACACACAGAGGAUCACAACCAGUUUCUCCUCAACUUCCCCUCACUGCCAGCACUCAGUGAGUCGACACACUCAUCCAGCAUCAACAUCCGUCCUCUGAGACACUUUGAGGACGUGACAGCAGCUGUGUCAGAGCUCAGAGACAAACUACAGGACAUCCUGAGAGACAUAUGGACAAACAUCGAACUGAUGAUCCCUGUGGUCGAUGUUUUACAACCAAAAUCAGAAUUAGAACCAAAGAACAAAGCUGGGUUUUUAAAAUAUUUACAAGAAAUCACUCUGGAUCCAAACACAGCAAAUAGGAAGCUGGUAUUAUCUCAAGGAAAUAGAAAAGCAACAUUAAUGGAACAACAACAGUCUUAUCCUGAUCAUCCAGACAGAUUCACUAAUAGUGAUCAGGUCCUGAGCAAAGAGAGUCUGACUGGACGUUGUUACUGGGAGGUGGAGUGGAGAGGGGAAGGAGUUAAUGUUGCAGUUUCAUACAAUAAUAUCAGCAGAGCAGGACGGUCAAAGGAAUGUUUAUUUGGAUUUAAUGACAAGUCCUGGUCAUUACGCUGUGACACAGAAAGUUACACUUUUUAUAACAGUGGAGUUAAAACUCCAGUACCAGGUCCAGUUUCCUCCAGAAUAGGAGUGUACCUGGACCACAGAGCAGGUAUUCUGUCUUUCUACAGCGUCUCUGGUACCAUGACUCUCCUCCACAGAGUCCAGACCAGAUUCACUCAGCCUCUACAUGCUGGGAUUCAGCCAUGUUAUGGAUCCACUGCUGAAUUCAAGAAAUUAAAAUAGAAAUCACAACACCAAACAUAUUUAUUUUAUUAUCUGAGGGGAAUAGAAAAGUGGCUUCAUUGGAAGAACCGUCAUUUUCUAUUGACCUAGAUUUAUUGAUUAUUAUCAGGUUCUGAGCAGAGACCAUCUUACUGUACAUUGUUACAGGGAGAUGGAGUGGAGAGAAGAAGUUAUUUAUACAAGAAAAGCAGCAAAGAGGGAAAGUCUGAGGAAUGUACAUUUUCAAAUCUUAGCACUAUGUUGUCAUGUAGAAAGUUUCGAAGUAUGUAACAACUUUGUCAACACUGUUGUAUAAGGUCCACCAGGUAUUAUGUUUCUACAGCUUCUCUGAAACGAUGACUAUCUUCCACAGAGUCCAGACCAGAUUCACUCGAACAUUACUUAUUUGGGUUUGGCCUUACUUUUAUGGAGACUCUACUAAGUUCAUUAAAACUAGAGUCAACAAUGAUCUGAGGUUCAGUUGUUUAAAAUAUUUAUUUUAGUUUCAGUUUCUUUAGAGAGUUAAUUGUUGUCAUUGCUUCACUGCUCAGAGAUCAGAGCGCUGUUUCACAAAGUGGGAUUACGAAAUCCAGGGUAAGAGAUAGAACCAGGUUUGACAUAGCGCCAUCAGUUCAUCCUGGUUUUAUCCGUUUCACAAAGACUAAGCUACAUUCAGAACGUGCAACUACGUCGAGCCAGGCUUAAGUAAUACAGGUGAACAGAUUUCUUCAGCAGACCAAUGAGAUCAAUCCGAUUCAUUGAUGCCACACUAGAUAAAUUGCAUGUCAUAUCUCACACUAGAUGAACAACUGCUUUUGAUUGAGAAUUAUGAGGAUUAUGAGGAACUGAAGCACACCAUAAUAAAGAAAAAAACACUGCUGCUACUUUAUCAAACAAUAACGGAUUGAUUAAAUUCAUAAUUAGCCCAAAAUAUACUUUCUCAACUAUUCUUAACUAUAAAAUGUCAAUCAUAUCUGUCAUUUGCUCAAGUGACUUUAAGUCAACCGUGGAAGUCAACAUUAUAACGUGUGAAUCUAACAGUAGAUUCAAUAAUGUUACUGUGAUGAUCCGUGUUUCUAUGUGUUUAUUUUGAGUUUUUUCUGUGUGGUCCUGUUCCCUGUGUGUCUCUGUCUCUGCGUCUUCCCCGUUG